AUGAACGAGUCGGAAGAUAUAGUAGACCACUACGAUUCGGAUAGCUCGCCGUACUCGGUCCGUCCGUUGCCACCAGUUCUCCGCCAUGGCCUCGCCGCGGUGGCAACGAUGGGAUUUCUGUCCUUCUUCACCAGCCUGGGGUUAUUGACGUUUCUCACAUACAAACUGAUCCAAUGGCAAAAUGGCCCACCGACUCCGAAGAAGGAGGAUCUCAUUAUCAAGGUGGAGUCGCCGAAACCGACAGACGCGGCGUUCAUCAUUCCAAGUAACUGGACUGCGGCAACUGAAGAAGAAUCCGCAAAGAAGAAGAAGGAAACGUGGUGGCAAAGAGCUAUCAAUGAGCCGCCGAAUCAGUUUCUCGUUUUGAUAUUCAACUUGCUUCUCGCCGACAUCCAGCAGGCGCUGGCCUUCCUACUCAAUGUGGAGUGGCUGACGAGAAACGCCAUUGAAGUGGGCACAGGCACUUGUUGGACUCAAGGAUGGUUUGUGUCGACCGGCGACUUGGCUUCUUCCGUCUUCAUCACGGGUAUUGCGAUCCACACCUACAUGUCAAUCGUCUCGACUAAAAAAAUACCGACUUGGGCCUUUCACACAGCAAUUAUCAUGAUGUGGGGCUUCGUUUACGGAACAGGGAUCCUCGGCGUAAUUAUUACAGAAAACGGGAAGAGUGAGGGCGGCCUCUAUGUAAGAGCCGGUGCUUGGUGUUGGAUCAACUCCAAAUACCAGGACGUCCGGUUGACGCUUCAUUAUCUUUGGAUCUUCAUUUCACUGGUUCUUACGACUUUAAUUUACUUCAUAAUAUUUCUUCAUCUACAGAACCUAGCUCGGCAAAGUGGCGGGGUCAUUCCUUGCUGCGGACGCUCAGGGGCAGCAUCAAGCCCAUCAACUUGCAGCGGAGCAAGUUCAGGCACCACGUCAAGUUGUGAUAAUCGCAGCACAGCAUCGAGCGUCUUCUGGCGUCCGAUGUGUUUGACGACGAUUCUGAGACGACUUCCUGGCAUUCCAGAUUACGCUCGACAACACACCUUCCUCUUAUACCCUCUAGUUUAUGUGGUCUGCACCAUCCCUUUGGCCGCCGGUCGCCUCGCCUCCAUGACAGGUCAUGAUGUGUCCCUAGGAUACUUUUGCUUCGCUGGAGCUAUGAUUGCUUGUAACGGCUGGAUGGAUGUUGUCCUUUACUCUUCAACCAGACGAUCCAUCGUCUUCUCUUGUGAAGGGCCGCCGUCACAAGAGGUUGGCUUGGAGACGUUCUCAUUCAUGUGCGGCACGCCUCCCAAGUUUGGCAACACAACGAUCGUCAUGGGAGGCCCGACUCCCGAACAGAAACGGCUGAAGCGAUACAAUAAGUGGUGCGAGAAGGUUGCCCGCAAGGGCCCAAAGUCAGGCGGUCUGAAGGCACUCAAAGUCGACGGUGCCGAAAGUACAGAAACCAUGAAAGGCUUCGGGAUGGGAGAAGGUUCUAUCAUGGGCAUGGCGAUUCAGUGCGAGACUACCACAACAGUUUCCAUCGAGGUCAACACGCUAGCGCCGCCAUCUCGGCCGAAGCUUGCGGCUAGGAAGUUGAGUGAUGCAAGCAGCUACAGUGCUGGAUCUUCUACAACUUUAGGGAAGGACUGA